UGGAUAUGAAUUACAGCUCGGACAAGCCAUUAAUGCUACUUGGAUUAGGAUUGGGCACUCCCCACAAGUUGCCGUACUGAAAUUGGCGAACUAGAAAGUUAUAAAACGACGCCGCUACAGGACUGAGAACAGAAGUAGAGAGAGAAAUCAGAAAUGCUGAGAAACUUGGCUCGAAGAAUUUCAUCAUCGGCUUCGAGCCGAUCAAUUUCCCAGCGGUGCUACCCUAACUUCCCGGCCGAACCGACCCGAUGCUUAUGUACUAGUGUCCUGCCCGACACACUCGACAGGAGCUCCGAGUCGUUUGCCCGUAACUCCGAAGCGAUGGAAAGCCUAAUUUCCCAACUUCACUCGCACAUUCAGCAGGUGAUGAAAGGAGGAGGGCCGGAGGCUGUGAAGAGGAACAGAAGUAGGAAUAAGCUUCUUCCUAGAGAGAGAAUCGAUCGCUUGAUUGAUCCUGGUUCUUCAUUCCUUGAGCUUUCUCAGCUUGCUGGCCAUGAAUUAUAUGAUGAUCCAUUACCAUCUGGUGGAAUAAUUACUGGCAUUGGUCCAGUGCAUGGGAACCUCUGUAUGUUUGUCGCGAAUGACCCCACUGUGAAGGGUGGAACAUACUAUCCCAUCACCAUCAAGAAACAUCUUAGGGCACAAGAGAUUGCUGCUCAAUGCAGACUACCUUGUUUGUAUCUUGUGGAUAGUGGAGGUGCUUUCCUUCCGAAGCAGGCUGAGGUUUUUCCUGACAAAGAAAAUUUUGGUAGAAUUUUCUACAAUCAAGCUGUAAUGUCUGCAGAAGGCAUUCCCCAGAUUGCAUUGGUACUAGGUUCUUGCACAGCUGGUGGAGCUUAUAUUCCUGCUAUGGCUGAUGAAAGUGUGAUGGUCAAAGCAAAUGGUACCAUAUUUCUUGCUGGACCACCCCUUGUGAAGGCUGCUACAGGAGAGGAAGUUUCUGCAGAAGACUUGGGGGGUGCAUCUGUGCAUUGUAGGACAUCAGGUGUUUCUGACUACUUCGCUCAAGAUGAAUUGCAUGCGCUUGCUAUAGGCAGAAACAUAAUAAAAAAUCUACAUAUGGCUGGCAAUAUGGGUGGACAGCAUCUUAGGCUGUCUGAUUUCAAAGAACCUUUAUAUGAUGUAGCCGAACUUCGUGGUAUUGCACCAACCGAUCUCAAGCAGUCAUUUGACAUCCGAUCAGUUAUUUCACGUAUUGUUGAUGGUAGUGAAUUUGAUGAAUUCAAGAAACUGUACGGCACUACGCUUGUUACAGGCUUUGCAAGAAUAUUCGGUCAACCUGUUGGAAUUAUUGGGAACAAUGGUAUACUGUUCAAUGAAUCUGCUUUGAAAGGGGCUCAUUUUAUUGAAUUAUGUGCUCAACGUAACAUCCCAUUGAUCUUUCUUCAGAAUAUCACUGGAUUUAUGGUUGGCUCAAAAUCCGAGGCAAAUGGUAUAGCAAAAUCUGGAGCUAAAAUGGUGAUGGCAGUUUCUUGCGCAAAGGUUCCCAAAAUUACGGUGGUUGUUGGUGGAAGCUUUGGAGCUGGAAACUAUGCAAUGUGUGGACGUGCAUACAGCCCUAAUUUCAUGUUCUUUUGGCCAAAUGCUAGAAUAUCUGUAAUGGGUGGAGCUCAGGCUGCUGGUGUCCUGGCUCAGAUAGAAAGGGCCAAUAGGAAGAAGGCUGGAAUCCAGUGGAGCAAGGAAGACGAGGAGAAGUUCAAGGCAGGAGUUGUGGAGGCAUACGAACAAGAAGGCAGUGCAUAUUACUCCACAGCGAGGCUUUGGGAUGAUGGGGUCAUCGAUCCAGCAGAUACAAGAAAAGUCCUAGGCCUCUGCAUUGCUGCUUCUACGAAGUGCAAGCCUGAGAGUACCAAAUAUGGUGUCUUCAGAAUGUAAUGCUGAUUAGUCUCCUCUAGAGCUGCAAGGGAACACAGGCUGGGAAUGAGCAAAUUUGAGAUAAUCAAAGAUUGAAGGAGCCUUGUUGGAUGUAGGAAGGCAAUUUCACCAGCGUGUUGCCAAGAAUUAAGAGAGCUCAUCAGCAUGCUCUAAAGGCUCGGGCUUGAUAUUAUUGGUUAGGCCAAAUAGCACGAGAAAAAAAUCAAGUAAAAAUAUGAAUAAACAACAGCACUUUGUUUAUUUUCUGAGCCGCCAUCCCUGUAUUGUGGAAAAUUUAAUCCAUCUACAUGUUGUGAAAGAUUCAUGA